AUGUCUCGUGGUUUGCAGUUGUCGAAAGGCCCCAGCUCAGGCCCCGUCGGGUGUGCUUGCAGCCGUCUGGGUCGCGUGCGCCUCGCACAAGACUCCUUCAGCGACCACACGCGCUGUCCGUGCCUGCACUACUGCGUGGCAGAGGUGUUCAAGGGUCAGAUGUUCACCCGCGCGCGGGGUUCCCCCGCCGGCCGCCAGGCAGCGCGGCGGUCGAGUCAAGGCCGCCAACUGUCGCCGGCCGCCAGUAGCCCGCGAGCGCUGCGAGCUGACGGAUCCGGCGCGACGUUGCCAGCUCGCGGCGACGGUUACACGCGCGCCGAACACUUCCGAACUACACCGAAGCUCGCACGACAUCACACCAGGAUAAUAACACGGGCCGGGAAUAGUUGUCCAGGAGGCGAGGCCAUGUCGCCGUGGCUCGUCCUGCUGGCGGUGUCCUGCGCCGCGGCCCUGGAGUACCCCGACCACUGCCGGCCCGCCGCGGACCUGCAGCCGCUGCACUUCCUCAGGAGCAGGACCACUGGGCGGGGCGGCCCGGACGGCCUGCAGGAGGUGAGUCUGCAGCCGCUGCACUUCCUCAGGAGCAGGACCACUGGGCGGGGCGGCCCGGGCGGCCUGCAGGAGGUGAGUCUGCAGCCGCUGCACUUCCUCAGGAGCAGGACCACUGGGCGGGGCGGCCCGGGCAGCCUGCAGGAGGUGAGUCUGCAGCCGCUGCACUUCCUCAGGAGCAGGACCACUGGGCGGGGCGGCCCGGGCGGCCUGCAGGAGGUGAGUCUGCAGCCGCUGCACUUCCUCAGGAGCAGGACCACUGGGCGGGGCGGCCCGGGCGGCCUGCAGGAGGUGAGUCUGCAGCCGCUGCACUUCCUCAGGAGCAGGACCACUGGGCGGGGCGGCCCGGGCGGCCUGCAGGAGGUGAGUCUGCAGCCGCUGCACUUCCUCAGGAGCAGGACCACUGGGCGGGGCGGCCCGGGCAGCCUGCAUGAGGUGAGUCUGCAGCCGCUGCACUUCCUCAGGAGCAGGACCACUGGGCGGGGCGGCCCGGGCGGCCUGCAGGAGGUGAGUCUGCAGCCGCUGCACUUCCUCAGGAGCAGGACCACUGGGCGGGGCGGCCCGGACGGCCUGCAGGAGGUGAGUCUGCAGCCGCUGCACUUCCUCAGGAGCAGGACCACUGGGCGGGGCGGCCCGGGAGGCCUGCAGGAGGUGAGUCUGCAGCCGCUGCACUUCCUCAGGAGCAGGACCACUGGGCGGGGCGGCCCGGGCAGCCUGCAGGAGGUGAGUCUGCAGCCGCUGCACUUCCUCAGGAGCAGGACCACUGGGCGGGGCGGCCCGGGCGGCCUGCAGGAGGUGAGUCUGCAGCCGCUGCACUUCCUCAGGAGCAGGACCACUGGGCGGGGCGGCCCGGGCGGCCUGCAGGAGGUGAGUCUGCAGCCGCUGCACUUCCUCAGGAGCAGGACCACUGGGCGGGGCGGCCCGGACGGCCUGCAGGAGGUGAGUCUGCAGCCGCUGCACUUCCUCAGGAGCAGGACCACUGGGCGGGGCGGCCCGGGCGGCCUGCAGGAGGUGAGUCUGCAGCCGCUGCACUUCCUCAGGAGCAGGACCACUGGGCGGGGCGGCCCGGGCAGCCUGCAGGAGGUGAGUCUGCAGCCGCUGCACUUCCUCAGGAGCAGGACCACUGGGCGGGGCGGCCCGGGCGGCCUGCAGGAGGUGAGUCUGCAGCCGCUGCACUUCCUCAGGAGCAGGACCACUGGGCGGGGCGGCCCGGGCGGCCUGCAGGAGGUGAGUCUGCAGCCGCUGCACUUCCUCAGGAGCAGGACCACUGGGCGGGGCGGCCCGGACGGCCUGCAGGAGGUGACCUUCAAGUUUCUCCCGCGGGUGACCACCAGCGACAACAUCACGGGCUACUUCAUCGAGCUGGACACCUCCAUGGUGUUCCACUUCGGCGGCAUCCUGGAUAACGAGACCACGAGGGAGGAUGCCUUCAGCCUGUGCGUGGGUCUCGCGUCGCUGCACCUCAAGAGGCAGCGGGAUCGUCAGACCUCGUUCGACCCGGCGGAGAUAGCGGGCAGCUUCGAGACCAACCACAAGGGACUCAAGUUUUUCGAGAACUUCAAAGAGUUCGAGGUCAAGGCGAGGUUCAAGCCGUCCAUAGCCGUCGGCCAAGUGUUGGUGAACAAGACCUGCUGGGAGGAAAAAAGAGAGUACAGCCCUUGCAUCCAGGCGCUGCAAGUGGAAAGAGACAUGAAGACCGCCUUCUCACAGAAGAACCCCUUCUCGGAGGACUUCUGGGACUCCAUGAAGAUCUACCUGCACCAGAAGCUCGGCGCGGAGCUGGAGAGACUGCACAUGGCCUUCCCGUACGACCACAACAACGUGCUCUUCCGCUGGCUCAUGUGGAUGCUCGACGAAGAGCACGUGGACAUCUACGACUUCCGCAUGUCCUCCAGCGAGUACACCCCCAACUGGGGGUCCCUCAACUCCAGCUGGCUCCAGAUAAUGCCCUUGCUCACCCGCCUUGACCUCAGCAACAAUGGCAUAUCCGAGAUACAACCUGGUACGUACAAUACAAUAACACAAUGGCAUGUUUCAUCUUCCUGUGAUUUGAGCAUGUCCUCCAGCGAGUACACCCCUAACUGGGAGUCCCUCAACUCCAGCUGGCUCCAGAUAAUGCCCUUGCUCACCCGCCUUGACCUCAGCAACAAUGGCAUAUCCGAGAUACAACCUGGUACGUACAAUACAAUAACACAAUGGCAUGUUUCAUCUUCCUGUGAUAUGAGCAUGUCCUCCAGCGAGUACACCCCCAACUGGGGGUCCCUCAACUCCAGCUGGCUCCAGAUAAUGCCCUUGCUCACCCGCCUUGACCUCAGCAACAAUGGCAUAUCCGAGAUACAACCUGGUACGUACAAUACAAUAACACAAUGGCAUGUUUCAUCUUCCUGUGAUUUGAGCAUGUCCUCCAGUGAGUACACCCCCAACUGGGGGUCCCUCAACUCCAGCUGGCUCCAGAUAAUGCCCUUGCUCACCCGCCUUGACCUCAGCAACAAUGGCAUAUCCGAGAUACAACCUGAUUAUUUAACAAGCGUGACAAACCUAACAUUUCUAAACCUGGGAAGAAACAAGUUAACCACCAUUCCGCCAGAAAUAUACAACUUAAGUAAACUAACUUUCCUCGAUCUUUCAAGAAACCCCUUCAAGGAUCUCGAAACGUUUUUCGAACCGAGACAUUUGAAAAGCUUCCCACUUGUAAACUAUUUCAACAUGUCUCACAAUCCAAUCAGGGAAAUCGACUUGAUCUUACCCAUGCUCCACACGAACAACAAAGGGGUGACGCCGAUGGAGCUGAUCGUGCUGGAUCUGAGCUUCUGCGACAUAAAAACAUUCCACACGCGCCCAGAACUGUUCUCGGAGCAACGCAGGAUGACCCACCUGUUUCUCGCCGGCAACCGGAUGGGCAACUCCCCGAGGUUGCACUUCCCGAACAGACGGGAGCUGAUGACCCUGGACCUCACGUACAACAACUUGACGACUCCCUUGCACAUUCUGGACCAGGGUGAAGUCGUCAACCUGAACCUCUCGCUGAACAACAUCACGGACUGGACCAACUACUACCCGGACAACCCCUACGAGAACAUCUCGGUGUUCGGGCGCAUCGACCACCUGAACCUGUCCAUCAACACGAUCCCCGCGCUGAGCAUGGUGAUGGGGCAGUCCCUGGAAGAGUUGGAGACCGUGGACCUGGGCGACAACCCCAUCGACUGCGAGAACUGCACCAUCCCCCAGUUCAAGCAGUGGCUCGCGCGCUACCGGGCCAACAACGACACCGACAAGGUGACCUUGAAGAUGUUCAACGACACCGUCACGGAUUUCUUCUGCACGAGGCCCUUGAAGCUCAAGACGCAGUUUGUGUCCAACGUGACAUUCGACGAGGAAGCGCUGUGCCGCAAAGAGGAGAGGAACCUGUUCAUCCUGCUCGGCGUCCCAUUGGCUGCCAUCGGGUCGCUGGUGGUGCUGUUCGGCAUCAUCCUCUACGCCUACCGCUACGAGGCGACGUACCUUCUCCACCUGGUGAAGAUCAAGAGACGCAUGAAGGCCGGCGCCAGCCGCGGCGAAGGUGACUUCAAGUACGACGCCUUCGUCUGUUACAGUGGUUCUGACCGAGUCUGGGUGGUGGGAGACUUGUUGCCAACAUUGGAAAAUGGACCAGAAAAGUACAGGUUGUGCUUGCACGAAAGAGACUUCACGCUAGGGACUUACAUCACCAGCAACAUCGUAGGUGCCAUGCAGAACAGCAGAAACACCAUCGUCGUGUUGACAGAUAACUUCGUCAAAAGUCAGUGGUGCAAGUGGGAACUGGAGAUGGCCAACCACAAGCUGUUCGAGGAGUCGCGCGAGUUCCUGGUGCUGAUCGAGCUGGAGCGGCUGGACCGGAGCGAGCUGCCUCGCCACCUCAAGUACCUGAUGGACACGCGCACCUACCUGGAGUGGCCCGAGCCGGGCGACCGCACGGGCGAGGUGGAGGUGGUGUACCGCCGCCUCAAGGAGGCGCUCGGCCCCAGCAUCUUCGAGAUGGAGCAGGAGAUGGAGCAGGACCAGGCCGACGGCCAGGACAUGGUGCUGCAGGACACGAGGGCGUAGCGGCCUCCGAUCUCUCCGUCGGCAGUCCUCGCAUAUCCUCGGCUCUCGAUGCCCCAAAUAAAAUAAUCAGAAUUCUCCUAAGGGAGACAGAAACUGCUAAAUGUCACCUACGAUUUAAUUUUUUUUGACGUGAUAACGUCUUAUAAAUCGAUGAACGCUGGCUGCACGCACGGAAAAGAAUGACUUAAUUGUCACGUUCCGCCUGAGCCGAGCGUGCGACAAACCGGCCAACCACCGUGCGAGAAAAUCUUUUAUAGAUAAUAUCAAACAGGUUAAGUCGGGCUUUUUAAAAGCAGCAAUUUAAAAAUAAAAUUGAUUUAUUUGUCCAAUUUCGUCAUUUCAAAUUAACAAUUUAUUGACAUUGAUUUUAUUUCAGUAUAUUUCUGAAACUAAUCGUUCGUGAUUAUUAUUUUAAAAAAAUUAAUUUAAAUUAAAUUAGCGAAAACUGUAAAUAAUAUUUGAAAAUUAAAAAGUAUGCAGUUUUUCAUCAAUGUUUUCUUAUGACGUUAUCACAUAAAAUAAUCGUCCAUAAACCGACUUUAAGGGAAACCCCCCCCCCCUUUUUUUAAUUGAUUUUAAUGUAAACCCAAAUGAUUUUUACACAAAAAGCCAUUUUGUCGCAUACAAUUUUUUUAACUUUUGUUGUUUCUUUUAAUAUUGUCUCAUUAAAAAUUCAAUUAUAAAAAUUAUUUUAUGUAAUGUGGCCAACCCCCCUUAUACCGGGGUAGUUGCACAUGUUCGCAUUCGCCACGCCAGUCCCGUAUACGCGUCACCACUGCCAUACUGAUAUUGAAAGUGUAGUAAAAUUAAAUUCAACAGACGUGCAUGUACUGGUGUAACAUUGGCCAGUGCGCAAAAUAAAUCAUUAGUAUGCUAAAUUUACCGACAGACCUGCAUACCCUAUUGUGAUAGUUAUAAUAAUGAAUUACCAAAAAUAAGAUGCUCAAAAUUAAGUACUGUACAAGGGUAAAGGGAUCUAAAAGGUUAAUUCGAGAUAUCAUUUAAAUUGCUAUAAUUGAAUUCAACGCAUGUAGCGACAUUUGUAUACAGACACUCUUACACUAAACUUAAUUAUAUUCCAAAGUCCCACAGAGCAGGGGGGGGGGGGGGGACGAAAUAGUGACGUCCUUCAGUCUAGAUAAUUCAACCAGCAAUUCCCGUCGCCGCACUCUGUCUUUCAAACACGUCUUCCAUAAGUCAUACCAGCCGGGCAAAAAGUACAAAAUCCAGUUCUCGCACUUACUUGUUACUGAAGCAUACCUCUGUAGUUGGUGACUGCCGGGGUCGGGUGUAAACCCCACUCUUUUUUUAGCGCCUCUUGCAUCGCGCUGUAUCGGGGGCCCUUGCACUAGGCCCCCAAAUAUUGCGUUCUCGUAUACCACCACUUAUGUUGUUUCGUCCAAAGUGUCGUGGCGUUACCGUCAUAUUAAAUCUUAUUCACGUAACGUAACACCUGUUACUCAUCGCUGGGAUGCAAAUUCUACUAUCCACCGAGUAGUUCCGCGGCCGGCGGUCAAACACACACUCCACCGCUGCAAACAGCUGGCCGUCGCCUCCCCUUGUCACGUCAGCUGACGUCACCCCCCUCCUCUACUACCACCCCUCACUCCGCUAGAUCUUUCUGGUUAUUUCUUGCAAGUCCCACUCCAGAAUAAGGGUGCUUAACGUAAAAUAAAAAAGGUAUACGAUUAAAAAGUUACAAAAAAUAAAUAAUAACAUACACCAUUAAAUAAUAUAAACACAUAAAUAAUGUUAUUAAAAAAAUUAACUCAUCUUAAAAUAAACUUUACACUAAAUAAAGGUAAUAGUAAUAACCAAGACGACUGAGGCCGCCACAAGUGGCCUCAGUAAUCAAGAUGAUAUCUUGUUUAUGUCCACGAUCUGUAUUUUGUGAUAACUUCUUUUUCAAGAGGAAAUUAAAUUUUAUUAUACUUGUGAAUCGAUGUAAUAUUUUUAAGAGUGUUAAAUAACGUGUGAUAUCCUAUAAAAGGAAAUUUUGUAAAUAUUUUUCAGGUAAUUAUAUUAGCUUGAAUGUUUUUUUAAGAAUUUCUUAGUUUUCAUUUGCAUGGGCGAGCAGCUCCCAUAAAACUUACAAUUAAAGAGUGAAAAAUUUCAUUUGGCACAAUGUUACAAAACGUGUAUUUGUAUUGAAAGUGAUAUUGAGAAAAAUAAUUUCAUUUUGAACAUCAUUUUGCGUAGUUAGUACAAAUAAUUUUUUUCUAUUCACUUGUAGUUAAAGAGGUAAUUGUGGAUGAUGAAUAUCUGUAUUUGUUUUUAUACUUUUGAAAAGUUUUAUAUAACUAUGAUAGCACCCGAUUAUUUUGUUAAAUAUUAAUUUUAAUACAUUUAUACAAUUAGUUUACAUGCUGUAACAUUAUUUACAGCCAAAAAGGGAAUGACUGUGUAUGUACUGUACAUAAACAAGUUCAAAAUAUAAUGCAGUCUUGCCUA